AUGCUGUCAAACGCUGGCGAAUUUGCAUCGCGGCAGUAUGAAAUUAUUCGACUGAAAUACGCUAAAACCUACAAAUACAUCGCCGAUAUUUAUUCACAGUUCCUUCUAUCCGAAACAUUCGCAAUAUAUGGACAAUUAUUGUUGCCGGUUGGUGUUCUUGUUGCCGUUGUUGCGACAAUCCUUAUAUGCAAUUUGCUAUGGAAAAUCAUACUCUAUACGAGAAUUGUCCAAGCCUUGGGUUGGUUGGUUUCGGAAAUGUUCUGGAUUCUCUUAUCAUGGGGGCUAAUAGCAGCUCUAUGCUACUAUGGUUUGAAUCAUCUGGGAAAAACCGACACAACGACAGCUUCAUCAAAUCCGGCCAACAACGCCAACUCAACUGAUGGUAAUAAAAGCUUGAAUAACGAAUGGGCGAACGAAAUUGUGUCCUGGCUAUACUCAAACUUCCAUAAAGUUCCGGGACCAUUAGACGCAUGGAUCAAAUCGCUGAACGAAGCUGCUAAAAAAGUGACAUCACCGGCUAAGUGCGAGGUAUUAUUUGAAGGAUUUGGUGAUCAUACUGAUGUUUUGCAACCACUAAAAGUUAGCAAUAUUCGCGUAGAACAAGGACCACGAGAUCAUUUGACAGUUCGAUCGAAUGUUCAUCUACCUUGUGUUCACCUACGUUUGGUUUCAUCGCAGAGAACCCCUGAAAGGAUGAUUGUUUCAAAUUACGAUGCUUCCAUUGUCGAUUUACGCGGAGAAGUGGAAUGCCGAAUGGCAAGCAUAGCCAAUCAGCUAUACCUAAUGGGAUGCUUUAGCGGACGACCUGAAAUGGAUAUUGAAUUGAGGAACACUGACCCAAAUGCGCAAUAUCAAGUGAGCAUUCCAAUGGUUGAGGAAAGCAUUCGCCGAUGUUUGCUCUCCGCUGUGACGAACAUCAAUUUAUCAGAGGAAUUACCUGAGGAGCGAAACACGUUUGCGGAUACAUUCAGCAGAACAAUUUAUAGCCCGCCGAAUCAAUCUCCGCCGGCAACUGUACGAAACUCGUACAAUAAUUAUGAUGGAAACUUGAGCACUAAUAACUAUGCAACUCUUAAUAGUAAUCGAAGCAGCAGUCCGUCGCAAGUGCCGGAAAUGUUCAAAAAAUUGAACGAAUCACAUCUUAUAACACCAUCGUAUAAUACUAACUCAACCCCCAACAAAAUGCGAAUCAAAGUGAUCAAGGCAACGAAGCUCGGAAAAGAUGUGCAACAGCCGUUUGUGGUUAUUGAAAUGGACGAACCUGCCCAAAAGUUUACCACAUGCAAAGGAAUCAACGCCAAUCCAUAUUGGGAAGAGACGUUUGACUUCGACUUGUCUCCGGCUACGGAAGAAGUUCUUUUUGAGGUUUAUGAGGGAAAUGAACAAUUACACGCAACCGAUGACGAAUGCUUCCUUGGCUUGGCUAUAGUGAAUUUUGAAGAAAUUCGAAGAAGUGGCGAGGUGUUGCACAAUUUCAAACUCCAAGGGAGACCUUAUCGAAAAGAUUCGGUUACUGGUGAAUUGACAGUUCAAUUUGAUUUCUAUUAUGAUCCAACUCAUGUGGCAGUCGGAAAGGUGACGGAUAGUGUGAAAGUAGUCAAUCCGAAUGGAUCAGAGUUCCGCGAAACGCUUACAACUCAACGCCGGCCAAUAUAUGAUCCACAUGACACACUUGAUGCAAAUGAACCAAUUAUUCCGUCGAUGACCACAACAGUUGUAGUUAAAACGGUUUCCCAUCAACUUAAAGAAAAACCAACGAUUCAAUCCGUCCAUGGCUCUUUGGAAAAUGCUGUGGAUCCGGUGACGCAGAGAAUUCUCGAUGAACAAUUUAGAAACUAUAAUGAUCCAAAAACGAAAGAACUCGAAGCAAAGCUGCAAUCCGUUUCGCAAAGCAUUUCUGCUGGAAAUACGCUCGAGAGGCCGAAAAAUGGAAAAUCGCAAUUCAAAGAUCAAAUUGAUAGUGCCGAAUUCCAAGAAGAUUAUAGAAGUAGUAGAGAUCGCAAUAAAACAGACAAAAAGUCUGAGAAGCGCGAUCGCUCCUUCUUUGGAGAGUUGCGCGAUCGUCUCAGUGGCCGUCGUGGCAGAAGCCAGAAGCGCUCGAAAUCAGUUGACUUGGAAAAUCAAGUUUUGGAAGAGGCUGUUUCCCUUCCCCCAAGUCGUGAUCCUAGCAGAACUCGAUACGCUGUGGGAAACAACGAUACUUACCGUGAAACUCAUUCGGUUGGAGGCAGAAGUGGAGAAUCGUCGAAAAGUUUGUACCAACAUUCAACGUUAAUACUUGAAAUGGAACAUGAGAAACAGCCAAAAUACUUCCUUAUUCCUCCAGCGAUGCUCUCGGAGCCAGCGGCAUCCAGGUUAAUGAGAAAAGGAAAGAAAUUGCACAUCUACAACGAUCAUACUUUUGUGGCCGUCAAAAUAAGAGGUUGUAGCGGCGCCAAUUGCAAUGUCUGCCAGCAAAGGAUUCGAUCCAGUUUUUCGAAACAAGCUUAUCAAUGUAGAGAUUGCAAACUGGUUUGCCACAAAACAUGCCAUUACAAAACCGACGCUUUCUGCACCCAGAGCACCGUCUCGAAACUUCAAAUCGCCAAGGAUGUAGAUUGGGCUCAUUUCUUGAGCCAUUAUCAACUCGAAGAAUUCAUAUCGACCGAAGGACUUUAA